UGUAGCAUUUUAAUCACUGAAAGGCUGCUACAUUCGUAAAAAAAAAAUGAAGGCCCUUUAUUGGCAUCUAUGGUUUUAUGAAGAACCUUUAACACCUUUAAUUGGUACCUUUGAACUGAAUGUUUGUCAUUUUAUCAACAUUUUGUCUCAAUCAGAUCCUCCAUAUAAUGUAAACGUGCUCACUAAAUCCUCAGUGAAGGAGAAUGACUCUGUGGAACUGACCUGCUCCAGUAACAGCAAUCCUCCUGCAAACAGCUACCAGUGGUUCAGCUCAAAUGGGAAGAGGUUAGCAGAGAACCCCACUUACAAACUGGAGAAAGUGUCUCGACAUACGGAGGCCAUUUCCUGUACAGCCAUUAACACAGAGGGAAAAAACUGUUCUGGUCCACAGAAACUUAAUAUAUUAUAUCCUCCUGAGAUUAAAAGUGAAUCUUCUUGCCAGUCUAAGAUUUUGACGGCGUGUGUCUGUAUUGUGGACUCCAACCCUCCCAGUGAAGUCAAGUGUUUUGGUCCAGAUUCCUCGAAAGCCUUCUCCAGCACCAGCAUUAAACAAAAUGAGUCUCUUACCAUAUUCACCUUACAGGGUUGGCUGGGUUUCCCUGAGACUAUCCAGUGUUUUGCCAAUAACAGUCUGGGGAGCUCUUCCAUAACUUUGGAAGCACCUCAAAAUGGCAUAAUAAUAUACAUUGCUGUUGCAUCAGCUGUUGUAGUUGUUUUAGCCUGCAUUUUAGUGUAUGUUGUGGCAAGACGCUGUGGGAAGAGAGCUGCACAACUACAUGUAAUAAAGAAUGAGCAGAAUGAAAUGAAGAUAACCCAAAACAAGUCUGAUUUAGAAAAGAUAAUGUGA